AUGCGCCGCGUGACGCGCGACGGGCUGAUCGGCUUCUACGACAACCCGCCAAAGGGGCCGCUCCGGGACGACCCAUUGCCCGACGCGUUCUUCCCGCCGACCGCCGACGGGUUCGGAGUCGACUGGGCUGCGGACCGCGCGGGACAGGGAAAACAGGGUCACAGGGACGUGUCCAAACCAAUCGCCGCCACGAUCCCCUUAGGGCACGAACCCGCCACUGAAGACACAUCCGUAAGAAUCGGCGGCCCAGCAGCUCUUAAAACCGGCCUAGGCCGGUUUUAA